AUCUCGGAUGAGACUUCUUUAACUCAUCUCAAGUUUAGUGCGGACGGUCGGAGACGAGAAGUUUGAAACUUUAUGUUUGUGCUUAUAUUUUAUUUAAAUCAGAAUAAACUUCUGUAUUAGUUCUAAUAGACGAUGUAAAUAACAGUAAAAACACAGUGAACUAUAAAAUAAAACUAAUUUGAAAGUUAAAAAAAUGAGUAAAGAUACUAAAACUCAAACCAGCGCUUACACAAAUCAAAUGAAGCGGAAGAACUUUUACAGCGUAGCAAACGACCUUGAUUAAGACAUUGGUGAAAAACUAAAUCAUUUUAAUUCAACUAUACAUAUUAAGAAGAAUAAAUUAAUAGAGUACAAGACUCCAGAAAACUCCAAAUUAAAAAUGGCUGGUCCUUACUUAUCUCCCUUACCAGGAGAUCUAUUAACGGAGUACAUGUUUGGGAGACGUCGUCAGCGACGGAACCGCACGACGUUCACACCGCAGCAGCUCAGCGAACUGGAGUCCCUGUUCCAGAAGACUCAUUACCCUGACGUCUUCUUGAGGGAGGAGGUGGCACUCAGGAUCAGCCUGUCUGAAGCUAGAGUUCAAGUAUGGUUUCAAAACCGCCGUGCGAAGUGGCGGAAGCAGGCACGCUUGCAGCUGCUGCAGGAUGCGUGGCGGAUGAGGUGCCUCGGACUGGGGUCACCACCUUUGCCACUAUCAGGUCACGGCAAACCAGACUCCUCACCAGAAGCUUCAGAGUCACCCAACGACAAGGACUCCCAUGAGCCUCCAGGAGUCAAUGAGAACCGCGAGCUGAAGUCACCCCGUCAGGACCCAUACCUUCAUAACACUAAUAUGGAACAACUCCAGACAGUCAACCCUAACGUUCACGAGCUUCCACCGAUGCCGUAUAAUGAAGAAGGAAGAAUGAUGCAGCAGCCUUUUACCUUCCCACCAAUGAUGAUGCCUCAGCCGAUAGAACCAGAAAUAGUACCAACUGACUUGAGGGUGAUGUCGAAGCCAAAUCCUUGUCCAUGUGGCACUUCAGUUGACGAACCACAGAACCUCGCGUAUCGUCAACAAAGUCAAGACAAGGAAAGCGAUAGUGACACGGAUACAGAAAUAGAUCUUACGUCUCACUCUAAAGAUGAUGAUAUAAGGGAAUCUGAAAGGUUGGCUAAUAGAAUUGCUACCAGCAUCUUCCGAAGUGACACAGUGCUACAUGACAUGAUGCCUAACGAUCUCAGUUUAGCUACUAAGAAUAAUGAUAGAGUUAGGAGUAACGUCUCAAUCUAAUUGGGCAGCCAUUUUGAUUUACGUUUUGAAUUUCGAAUAGCAGAAUGUAGUUUCGUUUUAAGAAGUAUUUAAACUUGAGUUGGUAGAUCCGAAUAUCUGAAGUUUAGUUUGCCAAAAAUAUUGGAUUCAUAUGGACUUUAGUUUGAGUUUUUAAAAAGUGAUCUGUUUUAUAUGAAUUGUGAUUUUAUUUCUAGUCAAUGUUUAUACUAAGCUGUAAUUUUAUUUGUAGACAAUAUUUAAAUUAGAACUUGUGUAAGUAGAUAAUGUAAAUUAACAAUUAAUAUAGAGAAGAUGUUUAAAUACUCAACAUUUUAAGUAUUGCAAUGUUCAUUAAGUUAUUUAACCAAAACUCGACACAAUAAAAGUAUGUGCUCAUGUGAGAUUUGUUAUCGUCCUGAAUUCUGCAAUUCAGUAAUUUGACUAUGGUUAUUCGAGGCAAGAUAUGCACAGCAGUCACGCUUUUAGAUCAUUGGACCAUUAACCUUUCGUAUGAAAUACAACAAUAGAAAAUACAUUGUGUCUCGCGUGGAUCGGCGUUCCGGCACUCGACGGGUUAAGGAUGAUUUUUCACCAGAGAUGUGCUAUGCUACAUUGCCGUGGAUGCGUUUGGAUUCCACCAAUCAUAUUCAUUGGUACACAUAGCUUAGCACUGGUGGAAACGGACUCUUUUUUAUGAAAAAGAUGCGUGCUAUGCGUGUGUGCUAUGGAUGGCUUCCCUACUAUCGAUACAUCGCAUACUCGAGCUGCGCAUAUACCUCGCAUAGCUACAUAGCAUAUCUCUGGUA